AUGUCGUUGAAAAGAGGUGAAGAUGCACAGGAAAAGCGUGGCGUUGGCCGCAUUUCAAGAACUUUGCAUAGGUGGAAAGCGGCUCUCAGGAAAGUCACUAAAGAGACCUUAGAUGGCUUAGAUGAGGAGUCGCAAGGCGAUAAGACGGUGGAUGUUCUCUUUUACGGUAACGCUGGCACUUUGAAAAAGGUUCCAAGUAUUGGUAGGGAUAGCGGGACUUCGAUGUCACCAGUUGGUGUGUCAGAGUUGAACAUAACCACUGAAGCGGAGGAAUCCUUAACUGAAAGUAGCGUAGAGUCUGCAAGAAAUUCAAAUAAUGCUGCAGAAGGUGAAGAACAAGGCGAUUGUGACGAGGCGAAAGAAGUGACUUUCAAAAACUACAAUGCUGUGGCUGAAUGUGCAAAACUACGAAAAAAGUUUGUGGCUGAGAAUAAACCGUUUUGUGGGGCUGGAGAAGUAUGGGAGCGUAGAAGAGCGUUGUGGGUGCAACCAACAGACGCUGAGGUCGACAGAGAUGAACGUCAGAGGCGCAGAGAUGAACGUCAGAGGCGCAGAGAUGUAUUUGCAACUAUACCGAAAAGCUUUUACACGAGAAUUUACAGGAAUCUUGUUCUUGAUGAUAAACCAUUACGUGAAUCAAUGAAUUUACAGGAUGCAUUGAAGGUCGUUAAUGCAGGCUGGAUCGAGACUAAAAAAUGGGAAAAUGCGGCCAAGAGGUUAUCGUAA